GGCGGAAGUAUCCUGACGUCACCAACGGAAGUGCAGCUACCGCUUCGACCUGGAUCGAGAUUUUUUCCAGUUGAGAACGAGACGUUGAGGCUUUGUAAAUUAGACCAAGAUGGCGGAUGCCGCAGCACGUUCGUUACAGUAUGAAUAUAAAGCGAAUUCAAAUCUUGUACUUCAAGCUGAUACACGUCUUAUUGAAAGAAGACCAAGAGAUGAAGCUACUGGUGAAGUUGUAUCAUUGGUUGGGAAGUUGGAAGGAUCUAGAAUGGGGGAUCGUUAUCAGAGAACAAAACCUGCAAAAUCUGAAGAAAAGAAAGCAAACAGAAAUGGAAUCAAGGGAAGAAAUGGAAUCAAGGGAAGUCUUCUAUCAGAAGGCAUUGAAGAUAUGGUAGGAAUUUUAUAUCGUCCAAAAACUACAGAAACCAGACAAACAUAUGAAAUAUUAUUGAGUUUUAUUCAAGAGGCAUUAGGCGAUCAGCCAAGAGAUGUCUUAUGUGGUGCAGCAGAUGAAGUUUUAGCUGUACUAAAGAAUGACAAGAUCAAGGAUAAAGAACGCCGAAAAGAAACUGAAGCUUUGCUUGGUGGUUUAGCUGAAGAAAGAUAUGCUGUUCUAGUUAACUUGUGCAAAAAAAUAACUGAUUAUGGUGUUGAUGAAAAAGCACAGACAACAGAUGAAAAUAUUGAUGAAACUUAUGGAGUUAAUGUUCAGUUUGAAGAAUCUGAUGAAGAGGAAGAUGAUAUUUGUGGAGAAGUGAAAGAAGAAGAUUCCAAUGAUGAAACUGAAGGAGAAGAAGCAGUUGUGGAUAGUACUUUACAUGCCACAAAUCUGGCAACGCCAGCUCAACCAUUGAAGGGAGGCAGACGACAGAAACGAGAAGAAACUAGAUAUGACCUUGCAAAGCUAAAAGGUCAAAGUCUUCUAUCAGAAGGCAUUGAAGAUAUGGUAGGAAUUUUAUAUCGUCCAAAAACUACAGAAACCAGACAAACAUAUGAAAUAUUAUUGAGUUUUAUUCAAGAGGCAUUAGGCGAUCAGCCAAGAGAUGUCUUAUGUGGUGCAGCAGAUGAAGUUUUAGCUGUACUAAAGAAUGACAAGAUCAAGGAUAAAGAACGCCGAAAAGAAACUGAAGCUUUGCUUGGUGGUUUAGCUGAAGAAAGAUAUGCUGUUCUAGUUAACUUGUGCAAAAAAAUAACUGAUUAUGGUGUUGAUGAAAAAGCACAGACAACAGAUGAAAAUAUUGAUGAAACUUAUGGAGUUAAUGUUCAGUUUGAAGAAUCUGAUGAAGAGGAAGAUGAUAUUUGUGGAGAAGUGAAAGAAGAAGAUUCCAAUGAUGAAACUGAAGGAGAAGAAGCAGUUGUGGAUAGUACUUUACAUGCCACAAAUUUGGGAUUGAAUCAAGAAUCUGGAGGAAAGGGUAACAAACCACUUCAUCCAAGAGAAAUUGAUGCAUAUUGGUUACAAAGGAAACUUCGAAAGUUUUAUGAUGAUCCUGUAGUUGCGCAAACAAAAGCUGGAGAAGUGUUAGAAAUAUUAAAUACUGCAACUGAUGAUCGAGAUGCUGAAAAUCAACUUGUUCUCUUAUUGGGAUUUAACCAGUUUGAAUUUAUUAAAGUUUUACGACAACAUCGACAAAUGAUAUUAUAUUGUACUCUUCUUGCAUCUUCACAAAGUGCUGCAGAGAGAAUAAAAAUUAGAGAUAGAAUGUUAGCUGAUCCAGAACUGGAAAAAAUACUUAGACAGUUGGAAAAUACUGAAAAAGAAGAUAUUGUUCAAGAAGCAAGAGAAAGAAGAGCUCAAGCACGACAAGCAAGAGUUGAUGCUGAUCUUGAAGCAAUGGAUAUAGAAGAAGAUAAUGCUAUGCAGAUGACACAAUGCAAAGCUUUAGAUUUGACAGAUCUGACAUUUAAUCAAGGAAGUCAUUUUAUGGCAAAUAAACGAUGUCAGUUACCUGAUGGUUCAUUUAGAAAACAAAGAAGAGGAUAUGAAGAAAUUCAUGUUCCUGCUCUAAAACCAAAGCCAUUUGAAUCAAAUGAGUCUUUAGUUCCUAUUGACCGGUUACCAAAAUAUGUACAGAAAGUAUUUGAUGGUUAUAAAAGUCUUAAUAGAAUUCAAAGUAGAUUGAGUAAAGCUGCAUUAGAAACAGAUGAAAAUCUUUUACUUUGUGCUCCAACUGGUGCUGGAAAAACAAAUGUAGCAUUGUUAUGCAUGAUGAGAGAAAUAGGAAAACACAUAAAUUCAGAUGGAACAAUUAAUGCAGAUGAAUUCAAGAUAAUUUACAUUGCUCCCAUGCGGUCAUUAGUCCAAGAAAUGGUUGGAAAUUUUAGCAAGAGGCUUUCAUCCUAUAACAUAGUAGUUUCUGAAUUAACUGGGGAUCAUCAAUUAACUAGAGAACAAAUAAAUGCUACACAAGUUAUUGUCUGUACACCAGAAAAAUGGGAUAUAAUCACUCGAAAAGGUGGAGAAAGAACUUAUACACAACUUGUACGAUUAAUGAUUUUUGAUGAGAUACAUUUGCUUCAUGAUGAACGUGGGCCUGUUUUAGAAGCUUUGGUUGCAAGGAGUAUUCGUAAUAUUGAAACAACUCAAGAAGAAGUACGACUAGUGGGCCUAAGUGCUACAUUACCUAAUUAUGAAGAUGUGGCAACUUUUCUCAGAGUGGACCAUUCAAAAGGAUUAUUUUAUUUUGAUAACAGUUUUAGACCUGUUCCAUUAGAACAACAAUACAUAGGUGUUACUGAAAAAAAAGCUAUCAGACGAUUUCAACUUAUGAAUGAAAUUCUUUAUGAGAAAAUUAUGGAACAUGCUGGAAAAAAUCAAGUAUUAAUUUUUGUUCAUUCACGUAAAGAAACUGGCAAAACUGCUCGUGCCAUUCGAGAUAUGUGUUUGGAAAAAGAUAGUCUUGGACAGUUUUUAAGAGAAGGCUCUGCAUCAACUGAAGUUUUGAGAACAGAAGCUGAACAAGUCAAGAAUUUGGAAUUAAAAGAUCUUCUACCAUAUGGCUUUGCCAUUCAUCAUGCUGGAAUGACCAGAGUGGAUCGUACUUUAGUAGAAGAUCUGUUUGCUGAUAGACACAUUCAAGUAUUGGUUUCAACAGCAACCUUAGCUUGGGGUGUUAAUCUACCAGCCCACACUGUUGUUAUCAAAGGUACACAGAUCUAUAAUCCUGAAAAGGGUCGUUGGGUGGAAUUAGGAGCAUUAGAUGUUUUACAGAUGUUAGGCAGAGCAGGAAGACCUCAGUAUGAUACUAAAGGUGAAGGAAUACUUAUUACCAAUCAUAGUGAACUACAGUAUUAUCUCUCACUUUUAAAUCAACAGUUACCUAUAGAAAGCCAGCUGAUUAGUAAGUUGCCUGAUAUGCUGAAUGCUGAAAUUGUACUUGGCAAUAUACAAACUGCUAAAGAUGCUUGCACUUGGCUUGGUUACACUUACUUAUAUAUACGUAUGUUGCGUGCUCCAACUUUGUAUGGAGUAUCACAUGAUGCUUUAAAAGAAGAUCAAGUACUUGAGAAACGUCGUGCGGAUCUUAUUUAUACAGCUGCUAUUUUACUUGAUAAAAGCAAUUUAGUAAAAUUUGACAAAAAAGCUGGGAAUUUUCAGGUGACUGAGUUAGGUCGUAUAGCUAGUUAUUAUUACUGCACCUAUGAAACAAUGUCUACUUAUAAUCAGCUACUGAAACCAACACUCAGUGAAAUAGAACUCUUUCGUGUAUUUUCCUUGUCCAGUGAAUUUAAGAACAUUACAAUCAGAGAGGAAGAAAAAUUAGAAUUACAAAAACUGAUGGAAAGAGUGCCAAUACCAAUCAAAGAAAGCAUGGAAGAAACAAGUGCUAAAGUGAAUGUUUUAUUACAAGCUUAUAUUUCUCAGUUGAAGUUAGAAGGACUUGCAUUAAUGGCAGAUAUGAUUUAUGUAACUCAAAGUGCCGCUCGUCUAAUGAGAGCAAUUUUUGAAAUUGUGCUACAUAGAGGAUGGGCUCAAUUAGCAGAUAAAGCUUUAAGUCUUUGUAAGAUGAUUGAUAAAAGAAUGUGGCAGUCAAUGUCACCAUUACGGCAGUUCAAGAAAAUUCCAGAUGAAGUUGUUAAAAAAAUAGAGAAGAAAAGUUUUCCUUGGGAAAGACUCUAUGACCUAGGACCAAGUGAAAUUGGUGAAAUGUUGAGAAUGCCAAAAUUAGGAAAAACUGUCCAUAAAUAUGUCCAUCAGUUUCCAAAAUUAGAACUUUCAGCACAUAUUCAACCUAUUACUCGUUCAACACUAAGAGUGGAGUUAACAAUUACACCAGAUUUUCAGUGGGAUGAAAAAAUUCAUGGAACAUCAGAAGCAUUUUGGAUUUUAGUUGAAGAUGUGGAUAGUGAAGUUAUCUUACAUCAUGAAUACUUUCUGUUAAAAAGUAAAUUUUCUCAGGAUGAUCAUAUUGUCAAAUUUUUUGUUCCUGUUUUUGAACCACUGCCUGCACAGUAUUUUAUUAGAAUUGUUUCAGAUCGUUGGAUUGGUUCAGAAACUCAGUUGCCUGUAUCUUUUCGGCAUCUUCUUCUUCCUGAAAAAUAUCCUCCACCUACAGAACUUCUUGACUUGCAACCAUUACCUGUUUCUGCUUUGAGAAAUUCGGUCUUUGAAUCAUUAUACAGUGAAAAAUUUCCUUACUUUAAUCCAAUUCAAACUCAAGUAUUCAAUACAGUCUACAAUAGUAAUGAUAAUGUUUUUAUUGGUGCUCCUACUGGAAGUGGAAAGACAAUUUGUGCAGAAUUUGCAAUUUUAAGAUUAUUUUCACAAAUACCUGAGGGUCGUUGUGUUUAUGUUACACCAAAAGAAGCUUUAGCGGAGCAGAUUUAUAAUGACUGGAAUAAAUUUGCUCUUUUAUUAAAUAAAAAAGUUGUAUUGUUAACAGGUGAAACAGGAAUUGAUCUUAAACUUUUGGCAAAGGGAAACAUAAUUAUUAGCACUCCAGAAAGAUGGGAUGUAUUAUCUCGUCGUUGGAAACAGAGAAAGAAUGUUCAGAAUAUUAAUCUUUUUAUUAUUGAUGAGUUGCAGUUAAUUGGUGGAGAUGAUGGGCCUGUCCUUGAAGUUAUUUGUUCUCGGAUGCGUUACAUCUCAUCUCAAAUAGAACGACAGAUUCGUAUUAUUGCUCUCAGUUCUUCUCUUGCUAAUUCUAAAGAUAUUGCACAAUGGUUAGGAGCUGGUACUAAUGCAACAUUUAAUUUUCAUCCUAAUGUUCGUCCUGUUCCACUUGAACUUCACAUUCAGGGAUUUAAUAUUACUCAUAAUGCCUCUAGACUUCUAGCUAUGAGUAAACCUCUUUACCAAAGCAUAAUUAAUCAUUCUCCAAGGAAACCAGUUAUUGUGUUUGUACCAUCACGUAAACAGACCAGAGUAACAGCAAUUGAUAUCCUUACAUUUUGUGCUGCAGAAUGCCAACCAUCUCGUUUUCUUCAUUGUUCUGAAGAUGAUCUAGAACCUUAUAUUCAAAGAAUAAAUGAUAAAACUCUGAAAGAAACUUUGUGUAAUGGAGUUGCAUAUCUUCAUGAAGGUCUUACUGCUUCUGAUCGUCAUCUGGUUGAACAGCUAUUUAAUAGUGAUGCAGUGCAAGUUGUUGUUGUUUCCCGUAAUUUGUGCUGGGGAAUGUCCCUUGCUGCCCACUUAGUUGUUAUUAUGGACACACAAUAUUAUAAUGGGAAAAUACAUACUUAUGAAGACUUUCCCAUAACAGAUGUCCUACAAAUGGUUGGAAGAGCUAAUCGUCCUUUAAUGGAUGAAGAUGGAAAAUGUGUUUUAUUAUGUCAAACGUCAAAGAAAGAUUUUUUCAAGAAGUUCUUAUACGAGCCUCUACCGGUUGAAAGUCAUUUAGAUCAUUGCUUACAUGAUCAUUUCAAUGCUGAAAUUGUUACAAAAACAAUAGAAAACAAGCAAGAUGCAGUUGACUAUUUAACUUGGACUUUUCUUUAUCGUCGAAUGACACAGAAUCCAAAUUAUUAUAAUUUACAAGGUGUUACUCAUCGUCAUCUUUCUGACCAUCUAUCAGAACUUGUAGAGAACACACUGAAUGAUCUAGAACAAUCAAAGUGCAUCAGCAUUGAAGAUGAGAUGGAUGUCUCUCCUCUUAAUCUUGGAAUGAUUGCUGCCUACUAUUAUAUCAAUUAUACAACUAUUGAAUUGUUCAGUAUGUCUCUGAGUGCUAAAACAAAGAUUCGUGGUCUCAUUGAUAUCAUAAGUAAUGCUGCUGAAUAUGAAAGUGUACCAGUUAGACAUCAUGAAGACAGCAUUCUCAGACAGUUGGCUAAUCGUCUAUCUCACAAAUCAAGCAAUCCGAAAUAUAGUGAUCCACAUACAAAAACCAAUUUUCUUCUACAAGCUCAUUUAUCUCGAAUGCAGCUCUCUGCUGAAUUACAGUCAGACACUGAAGAUAUAUUAAAUAAAGCGGUACGUUUAAUUCAAGCUUGUGUGGAUGUAUUGAGUUCAAAUGGUUGGUUGUCACCAGCAUUAGCUGCUAUGGAAUUAGCACAGAUGGUAACUCAAGCAAUGUGGAAUAAGGACUCUUACUUGAAACAACUUCCUCAUUUCACUACAGAAAUAGUUAAGCGUUGUAUUGAAAAAGGAGUAGAAACUGUGUUUGAUGUUAUGGAACUUGAAGAUGAUGAUAGAAAUAAAUUACUUCAGUUGACAGAUGCACAAAUGGCAGAUGUUGCAAGAUUUUGUAAUAGAUAUCCAAAUAUUGAAUUAACAUAUGAAGUACAAGAUAAAGAUAUUAUUCACAGUGGUUCCACCGUAAAUGUAAUAGUUCAGUUAGAAAGAGAAGACGAAGUUACGGGACCUGUCAUCGCUCCCUUAUUUCCUCAGAAACGAGAAGAAGGAUGGUGGGUAGUUAUUGGAGAUCCCAAAUCAAAUUCUCUGAUAUCUAUCAAGCGACUGACAUUACAACAAAAAGCAAAAGUAAAAUUAGACUUUGUGGCACCCAGUCCGGGUGAGCAUGUUUACACCUUAUAUUUUAUGAGCGAUGCUUACAUGGGAUGUGAUCAGGAAUAUAAAUUCAACAUUCAUGUUGGUCAACCUGAUAGUGGGAAAGAGAGUGAUAGUGAAAGUGAUUAAACAGAUCUUCUUUCGUUCACACAUUUGUAAUGUAAAUAGAGACAUUUAUUGUGUUGAUAUCAUCAAUUUUUUUUAUGUAAAUGGAUACUCAUUUGAUUUUUAAAAUAAAUGUUUUUAAAACAAAA